AUGGUUGAGGAGGCCUUCGAUCUGGCAACCGUCCUCGCGUUUCAAGACGUUGACAGCGAUGCAGGAUACAAGAUCUACGAAGCGCUCGCCUCGGCAGGAGACGCCCAGGCGAUGACGGCAGCGGGCUACUGUAAGUUGGAAGGCAUUGGUGAGCUCGACAUCGACGAACGGGAGGCAAUCCGCUGGCUCAAACUUGCGGCGGAGCACGGAGACGCCGAGGGCAUAUACAAGCUGGCGCUUGCAUACUACACCACGUACGAGGAGCCAGGCACUAAUAGUGACGAGAAAGCCCUCGAGCUCUUCUCGCGCUCUCGCGAGAAGGAGCAUGUAGAAGGGGCGUUUAUGCUUGGGCAGAUGCUCCUCGACAAGGGGGACGCUGCGAGCGCGGUGUGCGCUCGCAGAGGGCAGGGCAGGCUGGCGGGCCAUUGGGGCGCUCGAGAGCUACUUCUCAACCUUCUUGACGAGGAUGCCAAGGCGAGAGGGUGA